GCCCUCUGUGCACCUCGGGCUGGAGGCAGACCUACACAGAGUCGUGGCGUUUAAGGCUGCUUCAGAGAGCCACAGCUUCAGAGUCAAGCUUUGUACACAAACCGAGAUCCGGGAGCAGCUUUUUAGUCCGUGAACACCGGAAAAGAAAGCAGCCUGUUGAGGAAGGGAAACAGGUCUACUGCGGGUGCUGCUGCCUCUGGAACUGGAAGGGACAUUUGAGGUGCACUUAGUUGGAAGACUUUGAUAGGCUCUUUUGCUCCGCAUCUUACCCGGGCGGAAGAUAUCUAGAGCCGAGUUGGACGUUUCCUUUCUUCCGCAAAAAAAAAAAAGAUGGCAUCAACCGAGUCGCGGCUCCAGCAGCAGCCCUCGCAGAAGGAUGCGGCCGAUCAGAACUUUGACUACAUGUUCAAGCUGCUGAUCAUUGGCAACAGCAGCGUGGGGAAAACCUCCUUCCUGUUCCGCUAUGCGGACGACUCCUUCACCUCCGCCUUCGUCAGCACCGUGGGCAUCGACUUCAAGGUCAAGACCGUCUUCCGCAAUGACAAGAGGAUCAAGUUGCAGAUCUGGGAUACAGCUGGACAAGAACGCUACCGUACCAUCACCACAGCCUACUACAGAGGAGCCAUGGGCUUCCUGCUCAUGUAUGAUAUCACUAACCAGGACUCCUUCAGUGCAGUUCAGGACUGGGCAACGCAGAUCAAGACAUACUCGUGGGACAAUGCUCAGGUGAUCCUGGUUGGUAACAAGUGUGACCUGGAGGAUGACAGGCUUAUACCCACAGAGGAUGGUCAACGGCUGGCUGAGGAGCUAGGUUUUCAGUUCUUUGAGGCCAGCGCAAAGGACAACAUCAAUGUCAAGCAGGUGUUUGAACGUCUAGUGGACGUUAUCUGUGAGAAGAUGAAUGAGAGCAUGGAAGGAGAGGCCAAUCUCAUAUCCAACCACAGGAACCAAGGCCUUAAAGACUCACCUUCAGAGAGCCAUGGGGGCUGUGCCUGCUAAACCAUCUGCCUUCUUACAGUCUCCCAACACACAUGCCCAUUCACACACACACACACACACACACACACACACACACACACACAUACACACACACACACACACACACACACACUGAUACACAUCUGAAGAAUAACCCCUCUCUGUGCCUCAACUAUGGAAAGUGCUUGCACCGAGCUCUGCCCCAUCCACACAUCUCCAACAGCAACUGCAGUACAGCUACUUCACCUCAGAAACCCACUGUCUUUCUCUCUCUGUAGACUUACGCCUUCAUAAUACACCGCUUUGACUGCUGCAGCCUCAUUAAGUACCGUGUGAAAUUUACUGAAACAUUUCUUUUUUCAGUGGAUUUCAUUUGAGGUCAACAAGCUAGCUAGCAGGUUAUCUUGAUGUUGAUUUGAUUGAUGAACUGUUUAGCUGUGUUACACUGUAGAAACCAAAUGUGUCAAGUUCCAGUCGGACCUCUUUUUGGUCUCAUGUUUAUUUGCGUAUUGAUUUCAGAUUAAUUUCAGCAGCUCCAAGAAGGUUUGCACUUGUUGAGUCAUACCCAGGAUGCUUCAUUUAUAUGACUGAUUGAAGGGAGGAAGCGUGAAUGAGUUUUGCACAGCAUACUCAAAGGUUUCAGCAUCACCAGCCCUCACGGGAAAGUUUCACAAGAACUUUACUUUGUUGUCAAGAGUAAAAUAAGAAGGUAUCACUGUUGUGUAUUGUAAAUAAAGCUGCUGCCUGCAGCUGCUUAGCUUAGCCAAGCAUAAAGACACAAAAAUACUAGAAUAUAUUAACUUCAUAUUUAACAUAUGCUGAUUUCGUUUUUUCUUUUUUUGUUCCUUUGGAAACAGUCGAUCAACAGUUCCUCUUUUCCGCUUUCAGAUGCAGGUGAAGCUUCAUAAUUACUGUACAGACACACGUGGCUCUUCAAACAUAAUAAACAUAAUUCAUUCUAUUCAUUUAAGUCCAGCUUAGAGCUUCCCUGCACCUUUUCUGCUUCACAGUAACAGCAAAUGUUUGCCCCGCCACAAAAUGAGAUCUCCUUGUGUCAGCACGCCAUUCAUGUGACCUGCCUCAUGCUCUCAGUCACCCCACUGUGUCACUCUUUUCUUUAGCGUCUUCUGUCUCACACACACGCACACACAAACAGACACACUGCUCCCGUAACUGUAGCACGGCAAAACAGUUGGCAUGACUAACUCACUAUGCUUAAUAACUGAGCAGUUACAAUGUGGCGAAUUUUCUUCUUUUUGUUUGUUGUCACUGACGCGACUGUUUUGUAGAAGUGCAGCACAUUGUGUGUGUGUGUGUGUGUGUGUGUGUGUGUGUGUGUGUGU